CAUGCAGACGACCGCAACGCAGGAGUCAGACGACGAUGGGACCACAGCAUCGAAAUCUCCAACUUGGGAUACCUUCGAUUUGUACACAUUCAUCCGCAACCUGCCGCCCUUGACGGCGGAGAUGCGGGCGCGUUGCCCAGCCUUGCCUCUCAAGACACGAUCCGCUCCGGAAUUCUCACUGGUCCUCGAUUUGGACGAGACACUGGUCCACUGCAGUUUGAUGGAGCUUGAAGGAGCAACAUUCACUUUCCCUGUACUCUUCCAAGGAAUUGAAUAUAAAGUUUACGUACGCACACGUCCCUUCUUCCGAGAGUUUCUCGAACGAGUUUCCAAGAUGUUCGAGGUGAUUCUCUUCACCGCAUCGAAAAAAGUUUACGCCGACAAGCUCCUCGAUCUACUAGACCCGAAACGCCAUCUCAUUAGAUAUCGUCUAUUUCGGGAACACUGCGUUUGCGUAGCAGGCAAUUACAUCAAGGACUUGUCUAUACUAGGUCGAGAUCUUUCGAGGACAAUUAUCAUCGACAACUCACCGCAAGCCUUCGGCUAUCAACUCGAAAAUGGCAUCCCAAUCGAAUCCUGGUUCGUCGAUCAGAACGACCGGGAACUCCUGAAACUCCUCCCGUUUCUAGAGAGUCUCGUGGCAAGGAGUGAAGACGUGAGACCGCAUAUUUGCAACCGUUAUCAUCUUGCAAGUUUCCUGACGUCCGAGUGACAUAAGUCCGGGCCUCCGGGGCCCGCGUAUACUCUAGUCGAAUUUGGCAACGAGCUAUCGUCGAACGA